AUGAUGUUAACUUGGGUUCACGAUCACCUUGAUGACCUUAAACCAAAAGAAUUCUACAAAAAAUUCAAAUACUCACAUACCUUACAUAAGGAUGCUGAAGAAAAAUUGCGCAAGCUACUUACAUUAAUCACAAAUGAGAAGAAUAUUUUCAAUUGCAGGAGGGCAAAAUUCUUGCUAGAUUCUUUCGAGUCGUGGACUCAAUCAGUCAGUACUGAAGCAAAAGAUGAUAAAGCCGAAAAACCACAAAUGCCAGAGAACAAUAUAAUCAUAGAUCCUGGAAAUAAUCUGUUUUAUGCAAUAUCAGAUUAUGAACCAUCCAGUGAUGGAAGCUGGCGUCUUGAAAGUGAAGAUGAGGGAACAACCGAAGAGGAUGAAGGAACUGAAGAGUAUGAAAAUGACCAAAAAUCAAAUCCAAAGUUAUUUUGGUUCGUGAGACUAGGAGAGAUAAACAUAAAAGAUGAAAUUCAAAAUAAGUGGAUAUUAGAUGGGAUCAAUAUAUCGGAUAUCUUCUUCCAAUUUCGUCAGUCAACAAUCACAAAGGCAUUAGUUGAAAGCAUUGAAGGGACGACUCUUAAUCAUAUUUUUUUGAUUCAAGACUCAGAGAAUAAUGGUCAAAUUAUUGACAAACAGCUUUGGGAUAGAGUUAUCCAGCAAGUCUAUCAAGAAUAUUCACCACCUGAUCCGCCAGAAGAUUGGCUGUCUAAAUGCAAUAAAGCGUCAAAAAUAGCUCGAAAAGAUUUCAAGAACAGCAAGUCAUUGUUAAAAAAUUGGUACAAAUCAAGUAACAAAGAAUCUGACAAUAUAAUUUUUGAUGUAUUCCAUAACAUGUUGGUUAUCGUAGCUCAGCUUGUACACACCCUCAGUAUCAGUUUGCUUGAAAUUUCUUCAGUUUGGGCAAAUGAAACUCUAGAUUCAUCUGCACGUCGUAAAAAGAAGUUUGAUCCUUCAUUAAAAGGAAAGAAACCUGAUUUUGAAGUGCACGUCUCCAUGAAUCAAAUAAAAGAGAAUUUGCUUGUACUUGAAAUCAAUCCUACAGAUCAUGCACGACCAAAUAAAGAUACAUUGAAUGACCUUGUAAAGCUCGCUAAUGAACUAAAAGAGAGCAUUGAUAAAAUCAUUGAUGAUGGUAUUAGUGAUAAUGUGAUUGUUUGUGGAAUAUUAGUUGAAGGCAAAGAUAGGCAUGAUUUUUGUGUUAUUAAUAAUGCUUUGGAAGUACUCCUUCAUGCACAAGAUAUUGUUAAACAAUCAGCCACUUAUUGUCUUGCUCACCUUCGUGGGCAACAUACUUCCUCCUCGAGACAUCACUCAAUCGUAAACUAA